AUGCAACCCAUUUAUACGACUGAAGAGCAAUCAACUUCACUGCCACUUCCGGCGCCACCGCCAGAAGCCUUCUCAGACACUGAGUCGACCAAUCAUAGCCAUCAUUACAAUAAGAUAACUAACGUUCACAGACAGUUCCUCGAGACACUAAACACCAAAUUAGGACAAUUCAAACCCGAAUCUCACAUCAGUCCACGUCUGGCCAAACGCCGCAGCGUUUCUCUCAGCAGCAGAGAUGAUGAGUGGAACUCAGACAGCGCUGUCAGUAGUCGUCCCGCAUCUCACACCCAAUCCAUCCAACAAACACUUAUGUCGUUCAUGACUGGCAAUCAUUCGCGUUCGUCGUCCACUUCGUCCAACUCUUCGUCGAGACAUCGAAGACAAUCGCCAGAAGCGGUUCGAAAGAAAGCUGCCUUUACUCUGGCUUCUUGUGAUAGGGAGAGCCUUAUGGCGAGUCUUAACCAUAGAUUAGCGCAAAGACAGCAGAACGAGAUCGCGAAGGCGGCCGCCGCUAACGCUAUGCAACGCAAACAAUCGGUUCCCGACGUAAACUGUUCCCAUUACCAGAAUCUCUUUCAAUCUCAUCAAAGUCUCACGUCAUCCGCACUUAAUUUAGCCAAUAAUCCACAAUCGGCUGUUCAGUACCAGUCAAUCGGUCAGCCCGUCUCACAACAACCCCCACAACAGCAACAGAUUUAUGGACCCGUUUUGCAUCAGCAACAGCUUCAACGACGCAGUUCACAGCCAACGAUGGGAAUCAAGAUUAUGAACUCCACCUCAAGACAACCCACUUAUGACAGUGUCAGUGAUAGACAAACAAUGCGACCAAUGAUGACCAAUAGAGCCAGUGGUGACACUACUGAUCGGCAAUCAAGUCAACAGUCAAUGGUUCAGUCAUUUUCAAAUGAUUAUUACAACCGACAGACCAGAAAUCCGAUGCCUUCUUCCGAUUCAAACAAUACAUCGGUUUAUAAUUCAUUGCAAACGAAUGAGACGUCAAAACUGGCGACUCGAUUGCCGCCUAAUCCGGAAUCGUUUGAGAAUGCGAUCGCCGCCCGAGUCAACAGUUGGUUCAAUUCGGUUCAAUUGCCACACGACGUGAAGUUAUGUCGCGAAUCACUUAUGGAUCAGAUAAGACGCGGCAAACCAUUGCGCAAAGUGGCCGCUGCUAACGAUAGGUCGGCUCCAAAACUGGCCUGA